AUGAACUUGUUCAAUCCCGCAACAGACAAGAACGUGUCCAUGGUGCGCCCCGAGUACUUCAUCAUCAGCGGGCUGUCAGGCGUACGCCACAUCAAAUUGUACUACGUCUUCCUCUUCCUGCUCUAUCUCCUGUCCGUGCUGGGCAACGGCGCCGUCAUGGCUGUCAUUUGCCUGGACCGCAAGCUGAGGACGCCCAAGUACGUAGCCGUCUUCAACCUGGCUUUGGUGGACCUGUUGGGCAGCUCAGCGCUUGUGCCCAAGCUGCUGGAUAUCUUCCUGCUGGGGCGGCGGCGCAUCGCGUACGGGAACUGCCUGGUGUUCCUCUUCUUCUGCUACACGUGUCUGUCCAUGCAGUCCUUCAACCUACUGGCGCUGUCCUACGACCGCCUGCUGGCCAUCAUCUUCCCGCUGCACUAUCAGGUGAGGAUGAGCCACCGCUUCAUGUUCUCGCUCAUCGCCGUUUUCUGGCUGCUGGCGGUGCUGCUGGUGCUGGUGGCGGUGGGCCUGCUGACGAGGCUGUCCUUCUGCCAGUCGCUGGUCAUCAACAGCUACUUCUGCGACCACGGCCAGAUCUACAGGCUGGCAUGCAACAGCCACUUCCCCAACUACGUGGUCAGCUGCCUCUACCCCAUCAUCAUCUUCUGGAUCCCGCUGGCCUUCAUCCUGCUCAGCUACGUGGCCAUCGGCUGCACGCUGGCCAAGGUGGCGGCCGUGCAGGAGCGCCUCAAAGCCUUCAAGACCUGCGUGGCCCACCUGUCGCUGGUGGCCAUCUACUUCAUCCCGCUGCUCAUCACCUUCACGCUCAUGGAGAACAUCCACCCCAACGCCAGGAUCAUCAACCUGUCGCUCACCUCCGUCUUCCCGCCCAUGUUGAACCCCAUCAUCUACACGCUGCAGACGCAGGAGAUCAAGGAGUGUCUCAAGAAACUGCUCGCCAGCCGGCACAGGGCCAAGAUGGCCGGUGGCAGGCCAGCGCACGUUAGCUGA